UCUUUAACGUAGGGACGCUCUUGUCCUGGUGACCUGCUGCCAUACAGCUGGCACCUGCCUCCUCUACAUCCAUUGGUUCUGUUUUGAGCCGGGGGGCCUGUCCAGAAGAACCAACAGUAGAUCCUGCAGACACGAUCCUUGGCCCAUCGCCAACGCCAUCCGAACCCUCCAUCUGUGGCAAGUCAUCGGGUAACGAGGCAAGGCACCCCUGGAUCAUCUCCACCACCCUCUCCAGAUGUUUCUGGAACCUCUCAGCUGUCUCUAGCCUCUGUCUCUUCUGCACCUCCAUCAUCACCCUCAAUGUCUCCCUGGCUUGAUGUGGCCUGUACUCAUUUAUCAGGUGGUGCAUGUGUACAAACAGAAGCUUCAAGUCCUCCAGCUUCUCCUCACGCUUGAUACUGCCGGGGCUUUUGAUAAGGAUGUCCAGCAGGUCCAGAAAGUUCACAAGAAUGGACAUGUUGAGCUUCUUAAGCUCCCGUUUGUGGUCAAACUGCAUAGGAUGGAGCCUCUCAAUGCCCUGGCUCUCCAGCGGCCGGAUGAUGAGUUCAUCGCACUGGAACUGGUUGCCAAACAUCAUGUAGCUGUCUCUGAUGGGUGGAGGGGGCUUAGGAGCCAGACCCUUGCGGAUGUUUUCAUCGGUGUACUCUUUGAUGUACUGCAUAGGUGGAGGAGGCAGGGCACUAACCUGCUGUGGUUCACCCAUGAUGCUGACCUGAAACAGUAACAAAAAUGUGAAAAUCAGUUUUCUUUACCAAGCGAUGCAAAACAAGUUCUUUGCUUUUUUUAAUAAGAAAUCAGUUGCAUUUUGUAUGCCAGUUGUGAAUUUAAAUAAACCACUUUAGGUUUCAUCUAUACAAUUUUAGCUGUACUGUAAGUACUUAAAAAGCGUCAUGUCUAAAAGCUAAAAAAAAGUGUUAUACAAAAGCACACAAGUUGAGCAACACUCCAGGCAAAUAUGUCGAGAGUACAAGUACUCAUUGCAAAGAAAGGCAUCAGUAUUGAAAAGUACUUCAAAGCAGUAAUGUGUUAAGUAAGCUUCACAAAACCAUUCAAAUGUGUUUAAAUACAACAUGUCUACAACGUUAGCCAAUUUAAAUUUAGUCAGUUUCUACCUUUGAGGGGAAAAAAACUUUAAAAGUUGUGCUUUUGCCGACAACCGAGGCUACAUACGUCCGCUUCCAUUCGCAGAAGCGGUAAGAUCUUCCCCAUAAUAAGUAUGCAUGAACAAAGUUAGCAUGCUAGUUGUCAGACAUGGUGAGGGCUAACGUAAUGAGCGAGCGAUGCUAGUUACGUUAGCGCCCAGUUAAUGGUCCUAACAAUUGGUGAGCACGUACUAUCGAUAACUAAAACAGUAUUCACGUUGUCGAAUGUGUAUCUCAACAUACAACUAGAUGCACUUAGGUGUUAGCAGAACCACUGUGGUUCAGAGGAAGAAUGUAGCUAACUAGCUAUGUGGCUAGUAUUGGGCUAGCAGUACCUCUGCCAGCCUCUGCUACCUAGCUUCGUUACGUCGGUAACAUUGCCACAAACUAAGCGAAUGACAAAAAGACAGCGACGAUUCUACUACGCACCUCUUAAAACGACUCCUUAGUUGCUGAAUGUAGACCUUAGAUAUGAAAUGUCACAGAAAUAUCUACGCUCAUGACUAGCUUAGCUCCUUCCAUUCACUGACGUCACCGUUCGUCUCUGCUCCAAUCCCAUUGGCUGAAGUAUACUCGUGACGACAUGUGGUCGUGCGGAUUGGGCUGUACCUGAACAACACACUAAAAACUGAGUAGUCUUAAUAUUUAGAAGCAUGACAAACGCAGAGCCGGCUGGACAAAUGUUUUUUUGUUUAUAAUGCCAUGGUUGUCUUGUAGUGAUAAAAGCGUCAUUCUUAUGGUGAUGGUGGGAUGCAACGUAAAAAGGGUGAUUUUAAAGGGAACUUUGAUAAAAAAAUCUCAACAAAAGAAGAGAACAUCACCAUGCAACUACAAAGAGAGGUUUUUUGUAUUGGACACCCAAGACCUGAAGUACUCUGAACGCCGCCCAGGAAGAAAGCCCUUGCUGAAAGGUUGCAUCGAGCUGUCCAGAAUCAAAUGUGUGGAGAUUGUGUGUAGCGAUCUUCCCAUACCAUGCAACUACAAGUACCCUUUUCAGGUUUUUCACAACAACUACUACCUCCACAUCUUCGCCCCGGACAAUGAUUGCCGUCAGAGAUGGGUCAGAGCUCUGAAAGAGGAGACGAAGCACAACAAUUUGGUCACUAAAUACCACCCAAACUUCUGGAUGGAAGGAAAAUGGAGAUGCUGCCAACAAACAGAGAAACUGGCGACAGGCUGUCAUGUGUAUGACCCAGUGGGUUAUGCUUCUAAAAAACCACUUCCUCAACUCCCUGAUCCAGAGAUGGGACUGCAUGAUGAAGAACAGAGCGUGGUCAUCGCCCUGCAGGACUACAAACCGCUCAAAAACGACGACUUGCCCCUUCAGAAAGACCAGGAGUACACCCUGAUCAACAGCUGCCACUGUGACUGGUGGGCCGUACAGGACGACAAGGGAAACACAGGCUUUGUACCCAGUAGGUACAUAGCUGAAAAAUCUGGCAACAACUUUCAGAGAUUUGAAUGGUACAACAAAAACAUAACCAGAGGGGCUGCAGAGGAUUUGUUAAUGAAACAGGGAAAAGAAGGCGCCUUCAUGGUGCGUGACUCGAGACAGGCAGGAGUCUACACAGUGUCAGUCUUCACCAAAUCACCGGGGUCCAAUGGGGAGAAGAAUCCAAGAGUGAAACAUUAUCAAAUUAAACUGACAGAAACUGGUGAGGCCAGGUUCUACCUGGCAGAGAAGUACCUGUUCAGCACCAUUCCUGAGCUCAUUCAUUACCAUCAACACAAUGCUGCCGGCCUGAUAACUCGUUUGCGACACCCAGUACCUCAAGAUGGAGGCUGCUCUCAGGACAUCGCUGAUCCCGCAGAAGAUCAGUGGGAAGUGGACCCUGAGGAGCUGACCUUGGGUCAGGAGUUAGGCAGCGGCCAGUUUGGUCUCGUGCUGGAAGGGAGGUGGAGGGACAAGAAGGUGGCCGUGAAGACGAUAAGAGAAGAGUGCAUGUCAGAAGAGGAAUUCAAAGAAGAGGCGAGAGUCAUGAUGAGACUGUCCCAUUGUAAGCUGGUUCAGCUCUACGCCGUGCGCACCCAGUGUUCCCCCAUGUGUAUGGUGUUUGAGUUCAUGGACAACGGCUGCCUGUCAGACUACCUGCGAGCCAGGAAAGGGCGUUUGUCUCAGGAAACGAUGUUGGGGAUGUGUCUGGAUGCCAGUGAGGGGAUGGCUUACCUGGAGACCUCCAACUUCAUCCACAGAGACCUGGCUGCCAGGAACUGUCUAGUUUCAAAGAACAAUGAGGUGAAGGUGUCUGACUUCGGUAUGACCAGGUUUGUGCUUGAUGAUCAGUACACGAGCUCCCAGUGCUCCAAGUUUCCCGUCAAGUGGUCGUCGCCAGAGAUCAUCAAGUACUGCAAGUUCAGCAGCAAGUCCGACGUCUGGUCAUUCGGUGUGCUCAUGUGGGAGGUGUACAACGAAGGCCGUCUUCCUUAUGAGAACCGCUCUAAUGGUGAAGUUGUGGAGUCCCUGAACAAAGGCCUGAGGCUCCUGAAGCCACGCUUGGCCCCAGACGCCAUCCACCUGCUCAUGGAGUGGUGCUGGAAGGAGAAACCAGAAGAUCGUCCAUCCUUUACUCUCCUCCUACAUGAGUUGGCCUCCCUCUCAGACCUGUGAAGACAAGAUCUGAGGUUGAAAACUAUGAAAACAGCUAUUUAUUUUAUUUGUUGAUGUAUUACCGAUUGCUCGUCAAAUGUCAGUGACAUUGUCUUGGUUAAGAUGAUUACAAAACACAAGAUAGUUUAAAAUUCCUUGAUUUUGCACUUUAUCUGUUUCCUACUGUAUCUCUGUAUACAGUAUAUUCCUGAGAAGGCUCACACAGCCCGUUCACACAGCUACUGCUGCUUACUGCAUGUUUAUAUUAAAGUUUCAAAUAUUCUACAAGGCUUCUAUACAUUAAACAGGUGAGGUGGUCAACGGGUGAAACCAUUGAUAAUUAAAUGGAUCCAUUGUUGUACCUGUUUUUUUUUUCUCACAUACGUUUUCUGCAUAUUUUCAGCAGUACACAAUAAUGAAACUCUUCAAACCGCUGCACAAUACAAUCCUCUUCCGUGCUAUUCAAGUGAACACGUAGCAACAAAACAGGUGAAUGAUCAAUCUCCCCCUGUCAGUCCACCGAGCCAGGCGUUGUGCUCUGCAGGUGUAGUGGCCAAAGAUGGAACUACCACGUUAUGAUCUCUGGCCCAGAAAGACCUACACACAAUAUCUGCAUAAGGUGGAUUUUAACAUCUACUACAACAGAAACAAAUAUUUUGAAGAAAAUUCCCUGAUCAUCAUGCAUAUCUAAAAGACUAUUUCAUCCUAUAGAACCUAUUUUAAUGUGGGCAAGCUGUUAGGAAAGUGUAGCCAUAGAAAGAUAAGAAGCACAUGGCUUAUGAGCACAGAUGUAUUAAUAGGAAGAUGUAUUCAUGCAUUGGAUGAGCACCUUUAAUUUCACUGAGUUCAUCCAUGCAGCCAACCAUUAACUCAAUAAACCAAUCUGCCAGUCAUCUAGCCAGUCACUGAACCAACAAACAUCAUAACAACAUAAUAAUGAUAAUAAUUGAAUAUGUGGGUUAGCCUAUAUAGCGCAUGUACAAUAUACAUAGAAGAUACGUUAAUCAUGCCCUCUGGUAAGUUCUAUACGCAUUUGAAAUGAUCAAAUGUUAUUUUUUUUUUCAAAGAAAUAUAAGCACAAGCUAAACACAAUUAUAGCUGUAUGAUUUAUUAGGAAUAAAAUAACAAGUGGGGCAAUAUGGACCCAAUAACAUCUUGCCACCAGGGGUCUGAGAGUACUUUUUAGUUUUGUCCAGUAUCAUCACUUUAUGUAGUCAAUAAAACAACAUUUAUAUACACUAUAUGGCAGUAAUAUAUUAAGAGUGUAUUUAUGUUUUAUUUUCCUUUCCCAACUCAAAUGAAUAGAAUCAACAUGUCGGUGUGUGUGUGUGUGUGUGUGUGGGGGGGGCUCGCCAUCAUCUAUCACUCCGCUGUGACUGUCCCUUUAAGAAAAUGCACUUGCAGCCAUUU